AUGAGGAUACCCAGCACUCCCAGAAAGCAAUUCUUCAAGGACGAGAUCCUCGACCUCAAAAGCCUACCUCGACUUCACGUCGAGGCUUUCAUCCAUCACAAAGGAGACGAGUUCAACCUCAUCCCUCCGGCGGGGUACUAUGCAAGCUUGAUGGCGUACACACAAUAUAUCCGCGACUACGACAGCCCCUUUCAGCUAGUCUCACCUUCGCAAGACUUACCGGGAGCGGCCGUCCUACACGAUCUCGGCUGUAUUGUUAUGGAAGCAUCCCGAGGCUUCAAGAGUCAUCUCGCGGCCUCGCUCUGGUUCACUGCCACAAACUGGGGCUACGCUCCGUCUGCAUGCAGCCUGGCCGCCUUUCUGGCGCGCAGCGGUCAGUACGGCAAGGAAGACUUCUUCGCGCCGGCGGAGAAGCGUUUCCGCGCGCUCGUCAAGGGCGGCGACCCCAUUGCCAUGGCCAUCGAGGGCGAGAUCCUCUACCGGGAGGGCAAGUACGGCGAGGCCGAAACGAUUCUAAACAAUGUUCUGCGAAAACAAAAACAGCACUCGGACAGCAGCGCCGGCGGCCUGCGCAACUGGGAGCCCAACUUCCGCCUCACGCUGGGCAAGACGCUGGGCAAGCGCGGUAAAACGGACCAGGCGGUCGCCAUACUGCGCAGGCUGUCCGAGGACGGCUACAUCGAGGCCGACCCUCAGCUUGGCAAGACGCUGCGGGCCAGUGACCCGGACGAGGCUCUACAGUAUCUGUUCAAGGCGGGCUGCACGGGUGCCCUCGACUGCUUUGAGGAAAUGGCCACGAUCAAGCUGGACAAGGCGACCAAAGCGGGAGACUCGAGCGAGGCUAACGACCAUCGACUCUGGGCACAGGAGUUGACACGUCUGGCAGACAAAAACGCGGCGUUCUAG